AUGGGUCAUAUGGCAUUAUUCGCAGAUCCUGACUUCGCUCAGUUUUCCCAGGAGAUUGGCCUUGCUUCUCUAGGUGCAAGCGAUGAUGACCUGAAAAAACUUGCUACGCUCUACUUCUUCUCCAUUGAAUUCGGUUUGUGUUCUGAUGGGCACUCCGACUACACGGCUAACGACACAAACUCGAAAUACAAAAUCUAUGGAGCAGGACUGUUGAGCAGCGCAGGGGAGCUGCAGGUGAGUCAUCAUUUUCAGCAGUUGUGA